AUGGCAACUAUAGCUGCGUCAGAAGCAGCCGCCGAGGCCAAAACUAACUCCAUCUCAGCGGAUGGAAAGAUCGCAGACAUGAAGAAAGACACCGUCGAGAUAAAUGGCAAACAACACAUGACAACCGACUAUGGAAUUAGAAUCUCGGACCCGGAUCACUCGCUCCGUGUUGCGAGUGAUUCAAGUACCGGACCAUCACUCCUAGAGGAUCAAAUUGCCCGCGAGAAAAUUAUGCGCUUUGACCACGAGCGUAUCCCUGAGCGAGUCGUACACGCCCGCGGCACAGGAGCAUUCGGAACCUUCAAGCUAUUCGAAAGCGCCGAGGACGUGACAACUGCGGGUGUUUUGACGGACACUUCUCGCGAGACGCCACUUUUUGUGCGCUUCUCUACUGUGCAGGGAAGUAAAGGCAGUGCGGAUACCGUGCGCGAUGUCCGUGGCUUCGCGGUGAAAAUGUAUACAGCCGAGGGGAAUUGGGAUAUUGUCGGAAAUAAUAUCCCUGUGUUCUUCAUACAGGAUGCGAUCAAGUUCCCGGAUGUUAUUCAUUCUGUGAAGCCGGAGCCGCAUAAUGAAGUACCCCAGGGACAGAGUGCGCACAAUAACUUUUGGGAUUUCAUUUAUAUGCAUUCUGAGACUACGCACAUGAACUAUUGGCAAAUGUCCGAUCGAGCUAUACCACGCUCGUACCGCAUGAUGCAGGGCUUCGGUGUCAACACCUACUCCCUCGUCAACAAGCAGGGCAAGCGCCACUUCGUCAAAUUCCACUUCACACCCGAACUUGGCGUCCACUCACUCGUCUGGGAUGAGGCCUUGAAGAUAUGUGGACAGGAUCCAGAUUUCCAUCGCAAGGACUUGAUAUCCGCCAUCGAAGCAGGCCAGUUUCCUCGCUGGAAGUUUGGUCUUCAGCUUCUUCCCGAGGAGAAGCUUGAUGAUUUCGAAUUUGACCCUCUGGAUGCGACAAAAAUUUGGCCCGAAGAGCUAAUUCCAAUCCGAUACAUCGGCCAGCUCGAGUUAAACCGCAAUGUGGAUGAAUUUUUCCCACAGACCGAGCAAGCCGCGUUCUGCACCAGCCACAUUGUUCCGGGAAUUGAUUUCUCGAACGACCCCCUGCUGCAGGGUCGAAACUUCUCAUACUUCGAUACGCAAAUUUCGCGGCUCGGCGCCAAUUGGGAGGAAUUACCCGUCAAUCGGCCCGUCUGCCCGUACAUGAACUUGGUCAAUCGGGAUGGCGCCUCGAAACAUCGCAUCUCUAAGGGAACUGUCAAUUACUGGCCCAAUCGUUUCGAAGCAAAUCCGCCCGCCACGCCAGCCCAGGGUGGAUUCACUUCAUUCCCGGAGAAGCAACAGGGUAUCAAGACGCGUGCGCUGUCAGAGAAGUUCAAAGAACAUUACAACCAAGCCCAGGUUUUCUACAAUUCUCUUUCCGAGAUCGAGAAGAUGCACCUGGCCAAGGCGUUCUCUUUCGAACUAGAUCAUUGCGACGACCCAGUCGUCUACAAGCGCAUGAGCGAGCGCAUCGCGGCCAUCAGCCUCGACCUAGCAAAGACCGUCGCCAAGAACGUCGGUGGCGAGACGCCGACCAAGGAGCUGAGAGCAAACAAGGGCACUAAGGCAAAGGGUCUCAGUCAACUGGAGUAUAUGCCAAAGGAGCCUACCAUCGCGACGCGCCAAAUCGCAAUUCUAAUCGCAGACGGCUUCGAUUACAACGCGUACAACGCGAUGAAAACGAGUCUCGAGGCGCAGAAUGCCUUCGUUUUCACCAUCGGUUCCCAGCGCCAGGGUGUCGUCGCUGACUCGGGCCAAAAAGUCGUGCCGGAUCAUUUCUUUUCGGGGAUGCGGUCGACGCUAUUUGAUGCGGUCUUCAUUCCGGGUGGAAGCCAUGUGGAAAAGAGUCUUGCGAAGAAUGGCGUUGCGAAGUUUUGGAUUACUGAGUCGUUUGCUCAUCUGAAGCCUAUUUCUGGCGUCAAUGAGGCUGUGCCGUUUAUCAAACGCCAGAUUGGGUUGGAUGAGGUGAAGAGUGCGAAGAGCGGGGAGUCUUUGACGGAUUCUUAUGGCGUCGUUACCGGGUAUGGUGAUGCGUCAUCCUUGGAGGUUUCAAAUAUUGGGCCCCAGGCGAAGGGACUGGCGGAACGCUUUGUUUGGCAUGUCUCGCAGCAUCGGAACUGGGAUCGUGAGUUGGACGGAUUGGCCGAUCAAGUUGCUGCAUGA